AUGUGGGUGUAUAACCAAUCCACCCCCGACCCUCACAGUCAUACCGCCACAGUUAUCACCAUCAACCUGCUCUUUCCGGCCCUCGCCCUCCUCGCUAUUGCUUUUCGGUUUUUUGUUCGGCUGCGCUUGAAAAGGACGCCUUGGUUGGAUGAUUAUGCUGCGUUAUCGAGUGCUGUGUUGGCGGGUGUUUAUGGGGCGAUUGCUGUUGCUCAAUCGAGAUGGGGCCUCGGUUUGAACGCCGCAUACUUCCCGGUUGAAAAUGUCGUUCCAUUCGGAAAGAUCCAAUACGCCGGCGGCCCCGUCUACACAAUGGCCCUCCUCGGCUUCAAAAUAUCCCUGCUAAGCUCCUACCUCCGCAUCGGCGGCUUCGUCAACACCUACAAAUACAUAAUCUUCGCCGCCAUCGCCGCCUGCACCAUCAACCAGCUCAUCUUCACCUUCCUCCUUUUAUUCGCCUGCAAUCCCGUCGCGAAACAAUGGGACGCUACAAUUCCGGGACACUGUAUAAACACGGUCCCCAGUUACUACGGACUCGCGGGGACGAGUCUGGGCUUUGAUAUAUUGAUUAUUGCGCUGCCGUUGCCGGUGUUGGGUAAUCUGCAGUUGAGGAGGAAGCAGAAGAUCGCGCUGAUGGGUGUUUUCGCGCUGGGGUUUUUCGUCACGAUUAUUCAGAUUAUUCGCAUUUUCACGGUUAAGAAUCUUAAGUCGUAUACGGAUUCUAGACCGAUUGUUAUUUGGUCAGUUAUUGAGAUUUCGCUAGGUGUGAUAUCAACCUGCAUCCCAACCUACGCCCCCCUCUUCCGCGCCUUCACCUCCCUCAACUCCUACUAUAACCGCUACGGCUACUACAACGACAACGGGAAUGCUUACGCCCUGGCCACACGAAACAUGACAAACCGCGCCUCGCGCAGACACGCAAACACGCAUACCAACCAAAGUACCUCCACAAGUCGCCUAGAUCGUGACCUGGAGAUCUUGGACGACGGCACGACGAUAGGGAAGGGGGGCGGGUUCGAGACGACGAUCAUGUCUGUGAAUACGCCGAUGAGUUCGACGUUUGCGGGGAGUUCGGUUGGGGGUGCCGGGGGGAGUGUUGGGAGGCCGAGGGAUUCAGAUUCGGAGGAGUUGAUUAAGAGGAGUGCAUUGCAGGUGCAGAUGCCGGCGGGGGUGGUUUUGAAUCAGAGUCAGGAGGAGCCGCCGGGAACGGGGGUGAGUGGCAGGGAGGAGGAGGAUGCGUUUCAGAUUCAUACGUUUACGGAGUUUAAGAUUGAGAGGCAUCAGGUUUGA